AUGACUUCACCUGAACCUGGCGUCUAUUUCAUCGUGAUGCCCGGACCGGGUCUGCUCGCUAGUCUCCCCAGGGAUGGGGGACCGCUUUGUGGACAUGCCUUCGACACAAGUGGCUCCUAUCGCCAAUAUUGGCGCCUAACCCAUAUUGAACCUGAUGGCAACAACCCUGAGAGGUACUGCGUUCUCACUGAGGAUAUGGGCGGCAAUUCUCGCACAUUGGGUGUAAAUGCCCUUCAACACGACGAGAAUGUUGUGGGCUUCCCUCGGUCCUCCGACCCCCAGCGCUGGCUCAUCAAUAUCUACCAGCGUGAUGAUGACGGUGGCGCUGGCAACGAAUUGGUUUGGAGCGUCCAACGUGAAGAAACAGGCAAUCCGAUCUAUAUCUCGUACAAAGGCCAAACACCGUACCAGGAAUGGGGCUUCUUGCGCUGGAGCAAUGGAAGGAUAUAUCCAGAUUUUGCUGCGAAAGUUUAUGACUGGGAAAAGGUCCUGAUAUCACUCACACUCAAAGCAAAAGUGGGUCCUGAAGUAACGAAUACCAACCACAAAAAACACUCCUAA